GUGCGGCCGGCAGGCAGUGAUGGCGGCCGUACGCGGCCUGCGAGUGUCGGUGAAGGCGGAGGCCCCGGCGGGGCCGGCCCUGGGGCUCCCGUCUCCUGAGGCGGAGUCCGGUUUGGACCGUGGCGAGCCGGAGCCCAUGGAGGUGGAGGAGGGCGAGCUGGAGAUCGUGCCGGUGCGGCGCUCGCUGAAGGAACUGAUCCCGGACACAAGCAGAAGAUAUGAAAACAAGGCUGGCAGCUUCAUCACUGGAAUUGAUGUCACCUCAAAGGAAGCAAUUGAAAAGAAAGAGCAGCGAGCCAAGCGCUUCCAUUUCCGAUCAGAAGUAAAUCUUGCCCAGAGAAAUGUAGCCUUGGAUCGAGACAUGAUGAAGAAAGCAAUCCCCAAAGUGAGACUGGAGACAAUCUACAUCUGUGGAGUAGAUGAGAUGAGUACCCAGGAUAUCUUUUCUUAUUUUAAAGAAUAUCCUCCGGCUCACAUUGAAUGGUUGGAUGACACCUCUUGUAAUGUGGUUUGGCUGGAUGAAAUGACAGCCACACGAGCUCUUAUCAAUAUGAGCUCUCUGCCAGCCCAGGAUAAGAUAAGAAGCAGGGAUGCCAAUGAGGACAAGUCAUCUGAGAAAAGUAAAAAAGACAAGCAGGAAGACAGUUCAGAUGAUGAUGAGGCUGAAGAAGGAGAAGUUGAAGAUGAGAACUCAAGUGAUGUAGAGUUGGACACGUUGUCUCAGGUAGAAGAGGAAUCUCUGUUAAGAAAUGAUCUUCGUCCAGCCAACAAACUUGCUAAAGGAAAUAGGUUAUUCAUGAGAUUUGCUACAAAAGAUGAUAAAAAGGAACUUGGAGCAGCCAGAAGAAGUCAGUAUUACAUGAAAUAUGGAAAUCCAAAUUAUGGAGGCAUGAAAGGAAUUCUUAGCAAUUCUUGGAAGCGAAGAUAUCAUUCCCGUCGCAUUCAGCGGGAUGUGAUCAAGAAGAGAGCCCUGAUUGGGGAUGAUGUUGGCCUGACGUCGUAUAAGCACCGACAUUCCGGACUAGUGAAUGUUCCUGAGGAACCCAUUGAGGAAGAGGAAGAGGAGGAGGAGGAGGAGGAGGAAGACCAGGACAUGGAUGCAGACGACAGGGUGGUGGUAGAGUAUCACGAGGAACUCCCAGCUCUCAAGCAGUCCCGGGAGCGGAGCACAUCGAGGCGGUCCAGUGCCAGCAGCUCAGACUCGGAUGAGAUGGACUAUGAUCUAGAACUGAAGAUGAUUUCCACCCCUUCACCAAAAAAAAGCAUGAAAAUGACUAUGUAUGCUGAUGAAGUGGAAUCUCAGUUGAAAAAUAUUAGGAACUCCAUGAGGGCAGAUAGUAUAUCCACAAGCAAUAUCAAAAACCGAAUUGGUAACAAAUUACCACCUGAGAAAUUUGCAGAUGUCCGACAUUUGUUAGAUGAAAAACGUCAGCACUCACAUCCACGGCCACCAGUCAGCAGUAGUAAAUCAGAUAUACGCCAACGAUUAGGAAAAAGACCAUAUUCUCCAGAAAAGGCUUUUAGUAGUAAUCCAGUCAUUCGGAGAGAGCCCUCUUCUGAUGUACAUAGUAGGCUAGGAGUUCCCAGGCAAGAUAUUAAAGGCCUCUACUCUGAUACUCGGGAGAAGAAAUCAGGUAGUUUAUGGAAUCGCUUAGGAUCUGCACCCAAGACCAAAGAAAAGAGUAUGAAGAAAGUGGAUCACAGGACACCCGGCACUGAGGAAGAUGACUCUGAGCUGCAGAGGGCAUGGGGGGCUCUGAUUAAGGAGAAAGAACAGUCUCGCCAAAAGAAGAGCCGGUUAGAUAACUUACCAUCUCUCCAGAUUGAAGUUAGUCGGGAAAGCAGCUCUGGUUCAGAGGCAGAGUCCUGAUGCCCCUGGGGCCUAUGGCAGCUGCCCUAAAGCCUGACAUUGUCGCACAGGGUGGGGCGCACAGUAGGAACCUCCCCCUGCAGGAGUUGGCGCCCCUCCCACUCUUACUCAUACAGUCACCCUCAGCUCUUGCUACUCCAGCAAGACAUCUUAAGAAUGUGAUGAGUUUUGAAGGGCAUCUCUCUAUCUUUUGCUGCAGUCAUAGUCCUGGGCCCUCAGUUCUUUCCCCACCACCCCACAAGCUUUACCCUUUGAGGAAAAGGCAGCCCUCCAGAUUUUGUAGACGUUUUUCUUAAUAUUUUUAACAUUGUGUCUUUUAAAAGAAAUGUUUUACACAGUUCAUCCAAAGAGCAGAGAACUGAACUUCUCACUAUUGCCUUGGCCCUGACAGCUGUUACCAGCACCCUUUUCCCAAGAAAAGUCAAUUCCCAGGUGCUUAUUGGACAGCCUUCGAGGGGGAAGAUGAGGGAAGCUGCCGGCUCACCCUGCCAGGACCGUAGUGUGGGGGCCGACUCUCACGGACCUGACCCCUGAGGUGCACCAGUGCCGCCCAGGUAGACGAGAUGCAGCAUUGAUCGCACUUCUGUUCCUCCCUCGGGGAUUUCUGUUAGGGGCCUCUUACUAUUAGCUAUCAGCUUGAUGUGAAGAUCAAGUUCAGUGCUGAGGGAUUUUUAGGAACAAAAAACUGUGACUUCUGGAUUUGGGGUUAAUUUUUGUGCUAGGGGUAGGGUCAUGGGUUAAUUUUGAACAAUUUUUAAGUCUGUAUUAUGUUUAAAAAAUAUUAAUGAUUUAAAAGUUUAAAUUUUUAAUUUUUAUAUGUGGAAAUUCUUCCUGUUGGCCACAGGGGAAGCUCAAGUGGUGUCUUCUUUUGUGCUGUUAAAUAUAUAUUAUAUACUUUGGAAGAAGGCA